AUGUCACUCAAGCUCUCACAUCUGCCCAGUCGUCAGAAGAUCAAGCCAGUCUACCCUCGCUCUCCUUCCACGAUUGACCCCAACAACCCGCCAUGGCCCGCGUACCGUGGUUACCACGAGUAUUCGUUCGCCUAUGCGACCAUGGGUCAGCGUCUGCCUACCAUUCUCGGCAAGGCCAUCGACGACGUCGUCACCACUCUCAACCAAGAGUUUGACGAAGAGCGUGUCGUCGACCUCGUCCAGUGCAUUGAACGCAUGGACGCACUCAAGAUGGAGCUUCAGGAGCAGGCCAAGCUCCGUCCCAUCAUUGACGACGGCGAGGCAGAUGUUGCUCUUUGGAACAAGCUGAUUGCGAAGUAUUUCCAAGGCAAGACCUUCAUGAAUGCGCCCUGGUUGUUCGCCGAGGCGUACAAGUACCGUCGUCUCCGGGAAUGCUUCAGCGUAAGCAAGUUCUGGAAGCCGUAUGACGUCUUUUUCCGGCAGAAGUGCGAUACUUUUUCCCGCUCACAUGACGCAGUGUUCGAGCUCUCGAUGCGUUUUGCAGAGCCUUUCUCACUGAAGGAAGGCAUCUCGGCGGAAGAGAAGCUUGAGUCUGAGCGUCUGAUGUUCAUGGAGCUUACGCAGAUCUGUCUCUGGGGCAACUCAACGGAUCUGUCCCUUCUGAUCAACAUGACGGAGGAGCAGAUCAAGUCUCUCCAGUCGACUGGCGGCGAAAACUUGGCCGCCACGGAGAAGAACAUCCUCGGAAACCAUAUGAAGCGCCUCUGGGAGACCGCUGUGAACCUUCGCCAAAACACUGGUGGUCGCAUCGACUUCGUACUCGACAAUGCUGGCUUUGAGCUUUACUGCGAUUGCGUGUACGCCGACUUCCUCAUCCAGAGCGGCCUCGCCAAAGAGGUUCGCUUCCACGGCAAGCGUUAUCCAUGGUUCGUUUCCGACGUCACCAAGCAAGACUGGGCCUGGCUGCUCAACUCGAUGGUUUAUGGUCAUCUCUUCCCCAAGGCGACCGACGAGGAGAUGGACUCGCUCCGCCGGCUCGGCAUGCGCUGGAAGGAGUAUGAGAAGCAGGGCAAGUGGGUGUACGAGGCCCACCCCUUCUGGUGCACCGGCUUCACUUUCUGGGAGCUCCACAACGAGGCUCCUGACCUCUUCCUCCACCUCUCCCGCUCCGACCUCGUCAUCUUCAAGGGUGACCUCAACCACCGCAAGCUCACAUACGACUGCGCCGCGCCGCCCUCGACGGAAUUCGAGAUUGCAAUCGGGCCUAUGGCGUCCGCGGCGGGAGCGCCCCGGGUUUGCAGCAUGCGCACCAUUAAGUCGGACGUCGUCGUCGGUCUCGGGUCAGACGGCGACGAGCUCGCCGAGCGCUUGGACAAGGAGGAGGAGGGCUGGAAGAUCAGUGGCAAAUACGCCGUUAUUCUGCUGUCUGAGGGUCGCCCAGGCGAGAAAGUUAUCUUCACCUAG